CGCCCGGACGAAGAUUUCUCGCCUAACCCAGAUUCUUCACCCAGACGAAGAUUUCUUACCCAACCUAAAAUCUUCGCCCAGAUAAAGAUUUCUCGCCUAACCCAAAUUCUUCGCCUAGACAAAGAUUUCUCGCCCAACCUAGAUUCUUCGCCUAGACGAAGAUUUCUCGCCCAACCCAGAUUCUUCGCCCAGACAAAGAUUUCUUGCCAAACCCAAAUUCUUCACCCAGAUAAAGAUGUCUAG